AUGUUCCGGGAAAUCGCACGCUACGUGCGCGCGUGUAAAAACUGUAUCGUGCACAAAGCCGAACAGCAGCGACCGCCCAGAUUGCUCGCCACCGACGUAACACGACUCUGGCAACAAGUGAUGAUAGAUCUGAUAGGGCAGCUAUCUCGAUCAAGUAAUGAUUACACGUGGCUAUUUAACAUGCAGGAUCAUUUUACGAAAUGGGUGCAAAUGCGAUCGUUACGCAAAACCACCGCCGACGUCAUCACAAAGAGCUUCGCAGAAGCCAUCAUUUACCACCACAGGCUGCCCAGAAGAAGUGUUAGCAAACAACGGGACGUUCCGAAAAGCUGCAGCGAAUGUUGGCAAGCCUAG